AUGGAGCCGAGGCUGAGCGGGGAUGGCAAGCCGUCCGUGUCCUGGUUCCUCCUCGGCCCUGUCCUCGUCCUCUCCCUCCUGGCUGUGCUGGCGAGCUGUCACGGUACCUGCAAGCACCGAGCCCCGUCUCCCAGCGAGGUCGUCCAUCAGGUCUACUUGAAGCCUGAGCGUUUGACCAAGAGAAGCUCUCCUGAUGACCUUCAGCUGAAGAUAAAGAUCAUCUACGACAACAGCGUUGACCAGCUUCCUGCAGACAAGAGGAGACUGGUGAAGGAUAAGCUGUUUCCUCAGGCCAUCGACUACCUGCAGAGGGCCUUCAGCGUGAGGCGAAGGGUUGGACCUGUGCUGCUCAGCAGACAAUGUGCCACCAACCAGUACAUGAGGAAGCGAGAUGACCCUCAUCGCUACUGCCAGGACGCCUGUGCAGACGUCACCCGGUGUGGCCCCGUCGUCGUACCACAGCACCACCUGCAGCAAUGCAAGGUGUGCAGCGAGUCCGGGAAGUCUUGCGGCCCCACGGGGCCUCCGGACGGCCCCGGAGUGGAGGGCUCCGACUUCGUGCUCUACGUCAGCGGCAUCACCACGGAGCGCUGUGGGCAGGAGAACAUCGUGGCCUACGCUGCCUACUGCCAGCUGGAGGCAGAGCUGGACAGACCCAUAGCGGGCUACGCCAACCUGUGUCCUGCCAUGAUCUCCUCCCAGCCUCAGGAGUUUGAAGGGAUGCUCUCCACUGUCAAACAUGAGAUCAUCCACGCUCUGGGGUUUUCAGCCGGUCUGUUCGCCUUCUACCACGAUGACGAAGGCAAACCUCUGACUCCUCGCUUCGCCAGCGGCCUGCCCGCCUUCAACGAGAGCCUGGGUCUGUACCAGUGGAGCGAGGCGGUGAUCCGGAGGGUCAGCCGGCUGUGGGACAUCAGGGGAGGAGUGAUGGUCCGACACCAAGUCCACGUCCUCGUCACUCCUCGAGUCGUGGAGGAGGCCAGGAGACAUUUUAACUGCCCCAUCUUGGAGGGGAUGGAGCUGGAGAACCAGGGAGGGACUGGAACUGAGCUGAACCACUGGGAGAAGAGACUGCUGGAGAACGAGGCGAUGACGGGCUCCCACACCCAGAACCGGGUGUUCUCCAGGCUGACGCUGGCCAUCAUGGAGGACAGCGGCUGGUACCGGGCCAACUACAGCCUGGCCCAGAGGCUGGACUGGGGCCGCGGCCUCGGCUGCGACUUCGUCAUGAAGAGCUGCAAGUUCUGGAUGGACAGACAGCGGCAGAGGCGACACGCUGUGACGCCGUACUGCGACACAGUUCGAGCGUCUCCUCUGCAGCUGACCUGCAGGCAGGACCAGCUGGCUGUGGCCGUCUGCAACCUGCAGAAAUACCCGCAGGAGCUGCCGCUGGAGUACCAGUACUUUGAGCGGAUCCCCGACGUCGCUGCGGAUCAGCUGUCGUUCUUCGGCGGCGCCGUGGAGAUCGCCGACUUCUGUCCCUUCAGCCAGGAGUUCAGCUGGCACCUCAGCGGAGAAUACCAGAGGAACUCCUACUGCAGGGUGUCCGAGAACCAGCCAGACUGGUGGAGGAACUACGGAGCAGAGCAGUACGGACCAGAAUCCGUGUGUCUGUACCAGAAGUCGGCCUUCGUGAUGGAGCAGUGCACCCGCAAGAUGACCUACCCCGACUGGGGCUCCGGAUGCUACAAGGUGUCGUGUUCGGCCCAGGGCCUGACGGUGUUCGUCCAGGAUCGGUCCUUCCAGUGCGGCCGUAAAGGUCAGCUGCUGAGCGUCAGCGUCCGAGUCAACGACUGGGUUUACAACGGCGUCCUGAUCUGCCCCGCCUGCACCGACUUCUGCGACGACUGCCCCCUGCCCCACCAGCUGCCCCCCAUCAACACCUCCAGGAGCAACCCCAUCGAUCCGUGCUCCAGCUCUCCAGGUCUGGGCUCCACUCUGUGGCUGCUGCUGCUCAACCUGCUUCCCCUCGUGGCCGGACUGCUGCUCUGCCACUGCAGCUGAUGACACACCAACCAGCGACAGAGGAGGGAGGUCUGUCUUUUUACGACGACGGAAACCGACGGUACAAAUCCAAUCUCUUCGUCCUCAACGGCUGCCUGCAGAUCAACCCAAAUAUGAACCGACAUCCGGUCGCUUGGUGGUUUUACGUGCAACCGGACGAUUUUAAAGCUACGAAUACUUUUUUUUUAUUUUAACCCGCACUCACGAGCCGAGAGAACAGUGUUCGUCCUCCGACUGAGUGCGGUUCGGUGAACUGUUUAAAAGUUUUAUAAGCUUGAAGGAUAUUUUACGCAGAGAACUUUUAAUGUAAAUACAAAUGUGAAUCUCUCCUGAGGGACGUCUCCCAGCCUCCUCCGGACUUGAGUUUUAAUUCAUUACCUCGUUUGCUCUGAGUAGAUUUGGCGUCACGUUAGCAGAGACAUGUUCAGACGCAGGGACGGAUGAGUGCAGCUUUGUUUCUGUUCUCUACAUUUUCAGUUUUCUUUAUAAUUAGAUGCUGUUCACAUUAAGGCAGGUGUCAGAAUUGCUCCCCAAACAUUCCCCAAUAUGUAAGAAAUCAUUCAGCGUAAUCAAAUCUGGCAUAUCGGGGUUUUGUUGAUGUUCAAAACAAGCAGGAGCUUUAAUUUGCCGCAAAGCCAUGUCCAUAAACUUCAAUCAGGGCUGCACAGUUAUGGCCAAAACGAUAAUGCCAGUUGGUUAUCAUGAUUAUUCACCAUGUCGUUGUGCCACAUUCCUGCUAACGUCUGCAAUCUUUCCCUGAAUUCGGUGCGUCUUUAGGGGCAAAAUAUAAGUCAAAACAUACCCAAAUCUCCUCUGCGCUCACCGAAAAUGUGGUUAUCAUCAACACUAUAACGUCCUGAUGUUCCCUAAACGCCUCACAUGCAGGCUACGGUGGAAGCUAG